AUUUUAUCUAUUCGACGGUUUGUUGCGAUGCUUCAGCCUUCAACUGUCGAGUAAACAGCGGGAUCCUCAUCUUUUCGAAUCAUGUGAAUGUUUAGUUAAUUAAUGCUUCAAAUUUACGAGAAAUCCAAUCCGAUUCCGAUUGAUGGAGCAGAGAUAAAAGAAGUAGAAACAGCCCCAAACCAUCGGAUUUUUCUGUUUGCUUUACUUUCUUCCAAUUUUUCUCUUCUUAGUGAAACGCCAUUUCUCUCUCUUUCUGCGGAUUUUUCAAAGCAUUUCUUCGCUGUCACUGACGAGAUCCACUAAAUAGAGAGGAGGAAGAAGAAGAGAUACAAAAGGAAUUUUGCAGACACCCAAAUCAGAAAGCUACUAACCGAUUUGCUUUGUGGGUUUCAUCUACAGGGGGGGAUAAGAAUGCAAGCUUCGGCGUUGGUAAAUAGUGGCGUAAGUUGUUCUUCUGGGUUUCAGAACCGAAGGAUUUUUCUGGGGGAAUCUGGUGGGCGUUUGGGAUCGGGAAGGCUCCGAAUGUCUGAGAGGAGGGGUUGCUGUGGUCUAAGCUUCGGCUCUGAAACUAUGGAGACUGAGAUGAGACGUUUUCGGCUUGGAUUUGAUGGCAUUUCUCGUUCCUCUGCUAAGUUUAAGUCACUCAACACCCACGCUUAUGAUGAGGAUGUGGAGGGUGUUGUUCCUGCCAAGCCUAAAGGCAAACCUUCUGGCACUGUUCUGCCAUUUGUCGGUGUUGCUUGUUUAGGAGCCAUUUUAUUCGGUUACCAUCUCGGGGUGGUAAAUGGCGCUCUUGAGUACCUCUCCAAGGAUCUUGGAAUUUUGGAAAAUACUGUAGUACAAGGAUGGAUUGUUAGUACACUCCUUAUUGGUGCCACGAUUGGAUCUUUUGUUGGUGGAACAUUGGCUGACAAGUUUGGCAGAACUAGGAGUUUUCAGUUGGAUGCAAUCCCGCUCACGGUAGGAGCAAUUUUAAGUGCUACUGCCCAGAGUGUGCAAACUAUGAUAAUUGGGCGCCUGCUUACUGGUCUUGGCAUCGGUAUUUCAUCAGCUAUUGUGCCACUUUACAUAUCUGAGAUUUCACCAACUGAAAUUCGUGGAACACUAGGAUCUGUGAAUCAACUUUUCAUAUGUGUUGGAAUCCUUUCAGCAUUGAUAGCUGGAUUACCUUUGGUAGGAAACCCUGCUUGGUGGAGGACAAUGUUUGGCAUUUCUAUGGUUCCAGCCGUUCUAUUGGCCAUUGGAAUGGCAGUGUCUCCAGAAAGUCCACGUUGGCUUUAUCAGCAAGGGAAACUUCCUGAGGCCGAGAGAGCCAUAAAGACACUCUAUGGAAAAGAGAGAGUAGUUGAAGUUAUGCAAGACUUCACAGCAGCAAGUCAGGGUUCGGUAGAACCUGAAGCAGGGUGGUCCGAUCUGUUUAGUAGCCGCUAUUGGAAAGUUGUUAGCAUUGGAGCUGCACUCUUCCUGUUCCAGCAGUUGUCGGGGAUCAAUGCUGUGGUGUAUUAUUCAACAUCGGUAUUUCGCAGUGCUGGAGUUGCUUCUGAUAUUGCAGCUAGUGCUCUUGUUGCAGCAGCAAAUGUCUUUGGCACCACUAUUGCAUCUUCUUUGAUGGACCGUCAGGGACGGAAAAGUCUUCUGRUCAUUAGCUUUUGGGGAAUGGCUGCUUCUAUGUUGCUGCUCUCUCUGACCUUCAGCUGGAGUGCUCUGGCUCCCUAUUCAGGCACCCUGGCAGUUCUCGGGACUGUUCUCUACGUGUUAUCCUUCUCACUUGGGGCAGGUCCAGUCCCUGGCCUUCUUCUACCAGAAAUAUUUGCCUCGAGAAUCCGAGCGAAAGCAGUUGCUUUAUCUUUAGGCACUCAUUGGAUCUCAAACUUCUUCAUCGGCCUCUAUUUCUUGAGUGUUGUAAACAAGUUCGGCAUCAGUAAGGUCUACUUCGGAUUCGGCUUUGUCUGUUUGCUUGCUGUACUGUAUGUAGCUCGUAAUAUCGUUGAGACGAAGGGGCGGUCGCUGGAGGAAAUAGAACAAAUACUUAGUGCCACAGCUUGAUGGAUUUAACUAGAAGCAUGCGGCGAUAAGUUCGAGUCUAUAUUUGAGUUUCAGUCAUCCUCCAUCUACGGUGGUCUGCCGUUCUACAUUGAACGGUAUGUCCUUUUUUCUCUGAUUUGUACCAUCAAACUAUACUUUUCUUUUUGGAGGUCAAGUUGUGAACGCUGAUUGUUCAUAUUGGUAACAUUAGCUGGAAUUUUGAGCAUAGGGACAUUGCUAAAGAACAAUGGCACUUUGUUUUCUUGAUCAAUUUAACUGAAUAAUCCAGAUGCUGGACAGAUAAACUAAAUCGAGAGAAAUAAUAGAAUCUCCAGGGGUGCCGAGGCGUCUUUGAAAGAUGUUCGAUCCUUUGCUAGGUUCAAUGUCUCAUUUUGAGCAUAAGUUUGUAARGACUUGUAAUUAUUCGAUAGAUCUCAUGCUUUUUUUUGUAUUA